GUGUGUGUGUGUGUGUGUGUGUGUGUGUGUGCGCGCGUGCGUGUUGUUUCCAGAGGUGUGAACACGCAGGAGCUGGACACUCCAGCUAUCGAGAAACGAUUUGCCUACACCUUCCUCCAGCAGCUCAUCACAUACGUAGACCAGGCACACCAACACAUGAUGGAGUUUGAUCUGGGAACAAGACCGAAGGGGGAGAAGAUUCCUCAUGAACAACAGAUUAAGUUCUUUGGAAAGGUCGUCUUGCCAUUGGUAGAUCAGUACUUUAAAAACCACCGGCUGUACUUCCUGUCCACAGCCAUUCAUCCAAUCAGCAGCGGAGGCCAUGCCUCCAACAAGGAGAAGGAGAUGGUGACCAGUCUUUUCUGCAAACUGGGAGUUCUUGUCAGACAUAGGAUAUCCUUAUUUGGUAACAAUGCCACAUCCAUAGUCAACUGUCUGCAGAUAUUGGGACAAAGCCUGGAUGCCAGGACGGUGAUGAAGACUGGUCUGGAGUCAGUGAAGGCAGCACUGCGGUUGUUCUUUGACAGUGCAGCAGAAGAUCUGGAGAAGACGCAGGAGAACCUGAAGCUCGGCCAGUUCACCCACAGCAGAGAGCAGCCGCGAGGGGUCACCCAGAUCAUCAACUACACCACCUUCGCCCUGCUGCCCAUCCUCUCCUCCCUGUUUGAACACAUCGGACAGAACUUGUUCGGAGAAGACCUCAUAUUGGAUGAUGUCCAGGUUUCCUGCUACAGAAUCCUCAACAGCCUCUUCUUUCUGGGAACCAACAAAAGCAUCUAUGUAGAGAGACAGCGUCCAGCAUUAGGAAAGUGUUUAGCUGCCUUCUCAGCAGCCUUUCCUGUUGCCUUCCUUGAGCCUCACAUCAACAAGUUCAACAGCUUCUCCAUCUACAACAGCAAAGAAGCUCAAGACAGAGCAGCUCUAGGUCUUCCAGGGCAGGUGGGGGAGGUUUGUCCUCUGAUCCCAAACUUAGAGAAGUGUCUGGAGGAGAUCAUGGAGUUGGCAGAGUCUGGCAUGAGAUACACUCAGAUGCCCCAUGUCAUGGAGGUGGUGUUGCCGAUGCUGUGCAGCUACAUGUCUCACUGGUGGGAACAUGGACCAGAGAGCAACCAGGACAAGGCCGACAGCUGCUGCACCUCUGUGACUUCUGAGCACAUGAACACUCUGCUGGGAAACAUUCUCAAGAUCAUCUACAACAACCUGGGAAUAGAUGAAGGGGCCUGGAUGAAAAGACUAGCUGUCUUCUCUCAGCCAAUCAUCAGCAAGGCCAAAACCCAGCUGCUCAAGACCCACUUCCUGCCUUUGAUGGAGAAACUCAAAAAAAAGGCAGCAGUUGUGCUGAUGGAUGAGGAACACAGCAAGGCAGAGGGGAGGGGAGAGAUGUCAGAGACGGAGCUUCUCAUCAUGGACCAGUUCACCAUACUGGUCCGAGACCUGUAUGCCUUCUACCCUCUCCUCAUACGAUUUGUUGACUACAACAGGGCCAGAUGGCUGAAAGAGUCCAACCCAGGGGCUGAAGAGCUGUUCCGCAUGGUGGCAGAGGUUUUCAUCUUCUGGGCCAAGUCUCAUAACUUCAAGAGAGAAGAGCAGAACUUUGUGGUCCAGAAUGAAAUCAACAACAUGUCCUUCCUCAUCACUGACACCAAGUGUAAGAUGUCAAAGGGUAUAGUUUCAGACCAGGAGAGGAAGAAGAUGAAGAGGAAGGGAGAUCGAUACACGAUGCAAACGAGUCUUAUCGUUGCUACCCUGAAGCGCCUGCUUCCUGUUGGACUCAACAUCUGUGCCCCCGGAGAACAAGAGCUCAUUGCACUGGCGAAGAACCGCUUCACCCAGAAAGAUACAGAGGGUGAGGUUCGAGAGGUCAUCAGGAACAAUCUCCAUUUACAAGGAAAGCUGGAGGACCCAGCUAUUCGUUGGCAGAUGGCUCUAUACAGAGACCUCCCUAAUCACUACGAGGACACCUCGGACCCAGAGAAGACUGUGGAGAGAGUCCUGGAGAUCGCUCAUGUCCUCUUCCACUUAGACCAGGUUGAACAUCCUCAGCGCAGCAAGAAGGCCGUGUGGCACAAGCUGCUGUCCAAACAGAGGAAGAGAGCAGUGGUUGCUUGCUUCAGGAUGGCACCGCUCUAUAACUUGCCCAGGCACCGGGCUGUCAACUUGUUCCUGCAGGGCUACGAGAAGUCCUGGAUCGAGGCAGAGGAACACUACUUUGAAGAUAAACUCAUAGAGGACCUCGCUAAACCAGGUGACAAAGAGCCAUUGGAGGAAGAGGAGGGGGUGAAACACAUCGAUCCACUUCAUCAGCUCAUUCAACUGUUCAGCAGAACAGCCCUCACAGAGAAGUGUAAACUGGAUGAGGAUAUUCUCUACAUGGCUUAUGCUGACAUCAUGGCUAAGAGUUGCCAUGAUGAAGAAGAUGAGGAUGGAGAGGAAGUAAAGAGUUUUGAGGAGAAGGAGAUGGAGAAGCAGAAGCUGUUGUACCAGCAGGCUCGGCUGCAUGACCGCGGAGCUGCUGAGAUGGUGCUGCAAACCAUCAGUGCUAGCAAAGGUGAGAUGGGUCCCAUGGUGGCCUCUACUCUGAAGCUGGGCAUAGCUAUUCUCAAUGGAGGAAACUCUACUGUACAGCAGAAAAUGUUGGAUUAUCUGAAAGACAAAAAGGACGUGGGCUUUUUUCAGAGUCUGGCUGGUCUGAUGCAGUCAUGCAGUGUUCUGGAUCUAAAUGCAUUUGAGAGGCAGAACAAAGCUGAAGGACUGGGAAUGGUGACAGAGGAGGGAUCAGUCAUCACUCAUGAGCGUGGUAAUUAUGCCUUCUGCCAUUUCCUUGUGUGUUGGUUGGUCUCUCUCUCUCUCUCUCUCUUUCACUACAGUCG